AUGGAAGAAGAAAAGAGGAAGAUCAAAUACAUAUUGGGGUUGGAGGGAAGCGCAAACAAAUUGGGCGUAGGCAUUGUGACCUCGACCGGAGAAGUCUUAAGUAAUAUCAGAGAUAGUUACUAUGCGCCGAUCGGACAAGGUUUUCUGCCAAGACAACUUGCUGAACAUCACAGAACUCAUAUCAUCCGCCUCAUCAAAGAAGCACUCACAAAAGCGAAGUUACAGAAAGAGGAUAUCGACCUUAUUGCAUACACAAAAGGACCAGGAAUAGCGGCACCACUCAUGAUAUGUGCUGUUGUAGCAAGAACGUUGUCUCUUUUGUGGCACAAACCAAUUGUCGGAGUCAAUCACUGUGUUGCUCAUAUUGAAAUGGGGAUGUUGGCGACUGGUGCGAAGCACCCCGUUUGUUUAUAUGUGUCUGGGAGUAACACGCAGGUCAUUGCCUUUUCGUUGGGGAAGUAUCGUAUCUUUGGCGAGACUAUUGACAUAGCUGUUGGGAAUUGUCUUGAUAGAUUUGCACGUAUUAUGAUGAUACCAAAUGAGCCCGCACCUGGUUAUAACAUCGAACAGUUAGCUAAAAAAGGUAAGAAGUUAGUGACGUUACCAUACUCUGUGAAAGGGAUGGACAUCUCACUGACUGGGUUAUUAACUUCAAUUGAAACGUUAGCAAACAAAAAAGAAGGGGUAGAGGACUUAUGUUUUUCGUUACAAGAAACACUCUUUGCAAUGCUUGUCGAAGUGACUGAAAGAGCAAUGAGUCAAUGUGCUGCAACUGAAGUCCUUGUGGUCGGUGGUGUUGGGUGUAAUGUGCGACUUCAAAACAUGUUAGAGUUGAUGGCAAAGGAUAGAGGUGCAAUUCUGGGAGCAAUGGACGAGAGGUAUUGCAUCGAUAAUGGAACUAUGAUCGCGUGGACCGGAUACUUAAUGGCCAAAAAUGGAUAUUCAACACCACUCAGCGAGACCACAGUGCAUCAACGGUUUAGGACUGAUGAAGUGGAUGUGACUUGGAGGUGA